GUGGAGGAGUGAGGGGCGCUGGCUGGGCCCGGGGGAGGGCAGGGCAGGGGGCGAGGGGCACCCGCAGCUGGGCUCUCGUGGGGCUCAGGGCGGUGUGCCGGGGUCUGCGCCCCUCUCCCUGCCCCGUGUCAGGAGAGGCCAGCACCGUGCGGCCCCUUGGCGCGGCUCAUGCCGGGGGUGCUGGGGCUGGGGCUGGCUGCCGGGCGCUGGAUCCGCGACAGCCUCGCUCCCCAUCACACGACAAACCCUGUUGUCUCCUUCCCGCAGGCUGCCAGGAGCCCGGGCGCUGCUGAACGGUGCUGGGCGCGGGCGUGGGAGAGCGAGCGCACAGGCCCAGGCUGGGGUGAGGCAGAGAAGAUGGCUGCUGAGCUGAAGCUAGCACCAGCCAAGGGCUCCCCCUUCCCAGCGCUGCUGCAGCCUCUGGCGGCCAUGGAGAAGCAGGACCCAGCUGGCCCCAAGCCCCAGGCGGGAGCUGAGAGGGCAGGGAAAGCCCCUCAUGCUGUCCAGGCUGGGACAGGCAGAGUGUCCCCGAGAUGGGUGGCACCACAAGAGGUCAAGCGGGAGCCACUGCAGGGGCCCAUCCAGCACUGGCAGGGCUGCUUCCUCCUAGUCCCAUCUCUCCCAGCGAUGUGGUUGUCUUGUCUCCAGGUCACGGUGGACAGGCAGGUCGAGGACAUGGAGGGACCUGGGACCUUGAGAGAAUCUGUCUGCUCUUGGCCAGAACAGCCACAGCCCCAUCCCGGGUACAUGCCACUGGAGCAGGCAGGAUGGGGUGAAACCCCAGAGCCCCAGGACAAGCUGCCUCGUGUCCCCAGAGAGGAGCCCCCACCCCAUGAAGAGCCAGCAGGUGCAGGAAACCUGAGCACAGCUGAGGAGAAGACUCCUGAGGAAAGGCCUGUACACCUGGAACUGCUGAGGCCAUCCCCAGGAAGAUCUGGGGAGAGGGAACUCCUGACACCUGAGCCAAGCCAAGUGUGUAAGAAGCAGAGCAGGUGCCCACAGCACAGAGGGAACAUGACCGUGAGCAAGCUCCUGGAGGCCUUUGAGGAAGUGGCUGGGUACUUCACACAGGAGGAGUGGGAGCUGCUGGAAACUGGAGACAAGGGGCUUUACCAGGACCAGAUGCUGAGGAAUUACCGAGCCCUUGUUUCCCUGGGAUAUCAAGGUCCCACACCAGACCUAAUCUGCCGCAUCCAGCAAGGUGAGAUGGAGCUCUGGAUCUGUGAUGAGGAAGCUGGAGAAAACUUGUUUUCUGAGGACUUGACUCCAGCAGAUGCUGAGUCACUGGGCAGAGAUGAGCAGCAGCAGCAUCACGAGGAAGAGCCUGCCAACCUGAAUCUGUUUCAAACUGGAAACCAGCUCCCUUCCCAACAAGAAGAGAGACCAGUGGAGACCAAAAGGAGCAGGGAAGGAUUUGAAGGGCAGAGAGACCUGAGUAUAUGUGGAGAGCCCAGUGGGAAGUUUGGGGAUGAUGCGGAACUUGGGACCCACCAGAGGGAGAAUGUCCAGGCCUGUGCUGAGCGUGGGGACAACUUCCACCAUACAUGCCCUCUCAAUGAGCACUCGAAGGAACACCCUCACUGCUGCUCAGAGUGUGGGAAGAGCUUUGUUUCCUUAAGUGACCUCCAAGUGCACCAGGAGAUGCACACAGGGGAGCAGAUAUACUGCUGCGCUGAGUGCAAAAAGAGCUUCACUAGGUGGGAUCACCUUCAAAGCCACAUGUGUGUGCAUGCAGAAGAGAAGCUGUUCUCCUGCAUGCAGUGUGGGAAAAGCUUCACACAGAAGUCCAAGCUCACGCGGCACCAGCGUGUGCACACGGGGGAGAAACCAUUCUCUUGUACCCAGUGUGAGAAGAGCUUUGCUGACAGCUCUGUAUUCAUGCAACACCUGCGCGUGCACACAGGGGAGAAGCCAUUUUCUUGCACCCAGUGUGGGAAAAGCUUCACACAGAACUCCCAGCUUACACGGCACCAGCGCGUGCACACGGGGGAGAAACCAUUCUCUUGUAUCCAGUGUGAGAAGAGCUUUGGCGACAUCUCUGCACUCAUGCAACACCUGCGCAUGCACACAGGGGAGAAGCCAUUUUAUUGCACCCAGUGUGGGAAGAGCUUCAACAGGAGAUCAACACUCACAGGUCACCUGCGCGUGCACACGGGAGAGAAGCCCUUUGCCUGCAGUCAAUGUGAGAAGAGCUUCAGGAACAGCUCUGGGCUCACAAGUCACCUGCGCGUGCACUCGGGGGAGAGGCCAUUCUCUUGCAGCCAGUGCAAAAAGACCUUCAGUAGCAGCUCUGCGCUCAUGAGUCACCUGCGUGUGCACACAGGAGAAAAACCAUUUUCUUGCAUCUAUUGUGGGAAGAGCUUCACAUAUAACUCCAACCUCACCAUUCACCUGCGCAUACACACAGGGGAGAAGCCAUUCUCUUGCACCCAGUGUAAGAAGAGCUUCAGCAACAGCUCUUCACUCACAACUCACCUGAGUGUGCACACAGGGGAGAAGCCAUUUUUUUGCCCCCAGUGUGGGAAGAGCUUCACCAGGAAAUCAACAAUCCCACGUCACAUGCGUGUGCACACAGGCGAGAAGCCGUUCCAAUGCAGCCAGUGUGGGAAGAGCUUCACGCAGAGCUCCAAACUCACCUAUCACCUUCGCACUCAUAUAGGGGAGAAACGCUUCUUCUGCAGCCAGUGUGGGAAGGGAUUCACUAAGAGGUCAAUGCUCAUGAGUCACCAGCGCAUGCACACAAGGGAUAAGCUGUACCACUGUCCCUAGAUGUCGCCUCACUUCUGAAUAGAGGGGAAUAAUUACUUUCCUUGACCUACUGGCAACACACCUACCACUGCAGCCCAGUAUGCUGUUAGCCUUCUUGGCAACUAGAUUCACUCAUAGAUGUUAGGGUCAGAAGGGACCU